AUGGCCCCUGUUCCAAAGUCUUCGAGCUCGCGACUAGGCUCUACUGAUAGCUCCAAUGAGCCGCCCCCGACGAACGGCCUGAAAACGUCGACAGAACAUGCUGAGCUUGAGAUUAAGGAAGAAGGAUCUGAAGAUCAAGACUCCUCUGAAGCCGAGAAUCAAAGCCUGCCAGAGGACCAAACCUCAGCAAGCUUCUCAUUGCAGAAUCGUGCCAUGAGCCAGCUCAACGAAUCUUCAACCUCCGAUUCAUCCUCUGACAGUGACCAAGAUGAUCCUCCAGAAGAUGCUCCAGAUGUAGCUGAGCCGGGCGAGAGCAAGCAGAAGAAUGCGCGUCCAAAAGAGCAAGAGGCACUCAUAGAUACCCAACGACGAUCCAGACAAAGCCAGCGACGAUCUAGGAAACAGAGACGCACCAGUCUGACACCCUUACAUAUCCUUGAAAACGUGUCUCCCGCGGACUUUUCGCUACCUCCUCUUACUCUAGGAUCGCCCGAGAGUACAGCCAACAACACCCACGAGUCCAGUCGAUCCGGACGGACGGACGAAUCAGAGGACACGAAGAGCUCAGGAAUCGAGAUCAGCAAUCUAGCGGCUCAAUCGGCAAGUGCCAAACGACGCGACUCUGGCCUAACGAAAGAAGAAAGCGAGGAGACUGCCGAUGAGGCGGCUCAACUCAGUCUAGAUGAAGGCUGGGAGAAACGCCCGCUGGCCAAGAAGAAACGCGUCCGUGCAGAGCUCGAUGCCGUCAGCGAAGAACACCCCGCAUCUGCUCCCCAUCAUGCAGCCGGCCUCACUGUCCAGGAGGCCGCUGUGAACAAUCUGUCUGGUGCGGGAUCUCGCGAGGCUCGACGGGCUCGCAAAGAAGUCAAUUAUGCGCUGCCUAGCUUGAACAAGAAGAUGCGUCGGCCAGAUUCUGAUGGGUCGUCGACCGUCAAGAGGAAAUCCAGCAUCAAACAUUCGUCCCACCAUCACAACCUACAAACAAACACUGCCACCACCACCAAUAAGCCGAAAUCAACGUCAAGUAACAAAUCGUCUGGCGCGACACCCUCGACUGUUCCAAGCAAUACAAGCUGCAGUACCAGUACCACUCUCACGCUCCAUUCCUCCCCGCUCUCUUCUCCUCCGGCUUCUUCCUCUUCGUCGAAUUCAUUCUCUAAUCAUCUCUUGGCUAACUCUCAUCCUUCGGAUCAUCCGCCUCCUCCUCCUCCUAAACCGUCGGCCCUCAAUCGGCCCAACAAAAAUCCAACCCCGGUUCUCUUGAAUAAUAAUCGAGCCACUCAUGCCUCCGAUCACAAUCAAGAUAUCCUUCUUAACCGUGGCCGCAGACGUACAAAUAAUCUUUGAUCAUCGGUUAUAUACUUCUUUUUUCUGAUUCUUCUUUUUUUUGUGGGAAUGAGGGGGCUCUUUUAUCUUGCUUUUCUUUUUUUUUGUGUUUCCUUCACCUCCUUUG